CUCCCCGCGGAGUUCCCUCCCAGCCGGCGGCGCUCCCGAGCUUCGUCCCAGGCGCUGGCUGCGGUUCCCGAGCCCCUCGGCGUCCGGCUCCGCUCGCUAGGACGAGCCCCGACGGCGUCCCGAGCUGCCUUUGCUCGUCGCGCCCACUGCUUCUCGCUGUCCUCCCUGUCCCUUCCAGUCCCAGGAAAGGGGUGGGCACGGCCGGGGCAGCGCCUCCAAGACAGGAUGUUCACGUCCAAGUCUAACUCUGUGUCGCCAUCGCCGUCCCUGGAGCAGGCCGACGCGGACGCGCUGGACAUCAGCACCAAAGUGCAGCUCUACGGGGUUCUGUGGAAGCGGCCGUUCGGGAGAUCGUCGGCCAAGUGGUCCAGGCGGUUUUUCAUCAUCAAAGAAAGCUUCCUGCUUUACUACUCUGAGAGUGAAAGAAAGAGCUUCGAGACCAAUAAAUACUUUAAUAUACAUCCUAAGGGUGUCAUCCCACUGGGCGGCUGCCUAGUGGAGGCCAGAGAAGAGCCCAGCAUGCCCUAUGCCAUGAAGAUCUCACACCAGGACUUCCAUGGGAAUGUCUUAUUGGCUGCUGAGUCUGAGUUUGAGCAGACGCAAUGGCUCGAGAUGCUGCAGGAGUCUGGGAAGGUGACCUGGAAAAAUGCCCAGUUAGGAGAAGCUAUGAUCAAAAGCCUGGAGGCACAGGGGCUACAGCUGGCUAAGGAGAAGCAGGAAUAUUUAGACAAGCUGAUGGAGGAGACAGAAGAACUGUGCCUUCAGAGGGAGCAGAGGGAGGAGCUUGAGCGCCUGAACCAGGUGCUGGAGGCUGAGAAACAGCAAUUCGAGGAGGUGGUGCAAGAGCUGCGAGUUGAGCAAGAGCAGAUCAAGAGGGAGCUCGAACUCACCGCAAGAUGCCUCAAGGGUGUAGAACAGGAGAAGAAGGAGCUGAGGCACCUCACGGAAUCCUUACAGCACACGCUGGAGGAACUCUCCCUAGAGAAGAAGAAAACCCUAGAGAUGCUGGAGGAAGAUAAGAACCAGCCACAGCCAUCGGCCAAUCAGAGUGAGCAGCCACUUGCCAGUGAUGGUCUCCAUAGCAACCUCAGGCAGAUUGAAGAGCGGAUGCAGGAGCUUUUGGCAGAGAAGCUUCUAGCAGAGAAGCGGAUGAAGGAGAAUGAAGAACGCUCAAGGGCCCUGGAGGAGGAGCGGGAGUUCUACUCAAGCCAGUCUCAAGCCCUGCAGAACUCACUUCAGGAGCUGACCGCAGAGAAGCAGCAGGCUGAGCGGGAGCUCAAGGCUGAAGUGAAGGUGCGCAUGGACCUGGAGAGACGACUUCGAGAGGCAGAGGCAGCCUUGAGAAGCCUGGAACAAGGGCUUAAUUCCAAGGUUCGGAACAAGGAGAAGGAAGAGAGGAUGCGGGCUGACGUGAGCCACCUGAAAAGGUUCUUUGAGGAGUGCAUCCGGAAUGCCGAGCUGGAGGCCAAGAUGCCCGUCAUCAUGAAGAACUCCGUGUACAUCCAUAAGGCAGCCACUCGCCGCAUCAAGAGCUGCCGUUUCCACCGUCGCCGGUCCAGUACUUCCUGGAAUGACAUGAAGCCAUCUCAGUCCUUCAUGGCCUCCCAGCUAGAAGCCAACAACAUAGAAGAGCUAAAGGAGGUGGCCAAGCGGCUAAGCCGAGACCAGCGCUUCCGGGAAUCCAUCUACCACAUCAUGGCCACCCAGCCUGGGGCCUCUGCACUCCCUCGGGGAGGGAAAUGAUGGGAAUCCUCCUCCACCUCCUUGGUAGGGGAGGGGGGAAGCCUGACUCCUCUUGGCUCCUCUCUGCCAGGGCACCACCAGGAAGGGGUACACUCGUUCUCAAAGGAGGUGAUACGUCCCUCUGCCUCACCAAGUCCUGACCUUGGAGAUCAGAAGGAAGUGUUGAGCCCCUGGAGCUGAAGUUAUUGAUGGUCGUGAGCCACUAUUUGGGUGCUGGGAAUUGAAUCUGGGUCCUCUGGAAGAGUCACAAGUGUGCUCUUAACAACUGAGCCAUCUCUCCAGGCUGAAGCCCUGACCUUGGGUCUCCACUGGGUGGGUGGGUCCGACUGGGUGCUACCUGGCUGUCAUGAUGAGCCCUGACCAUGUGUAGUGUCCGUUGGUCAGGAAAAGAAAUGUUUAUUCCGCAAGGACACGCAGGGCCUGCGCACUGGCUGAGGACUGAAAGACUUCCCUGGUACCCACCAUACCCAUCUGUGAUCCUGCUGCUCUGCCCCUGGUCACGGGACACCCCCAAACUCUCUUUACCCCUGUUCCUCUCUGCAACUUUUGUCCGGGCCCCUCACUUAUUCCAUGUCAUUGGAGAGGGGAGAGUAGGCCCUAAGACACAACCCCAGGCUCACAGCACCCACACCCUCUCUGCGGUAUCUGUUUCCUGGGGGCUGCUCUCCUAUUUGCAAGUGAUCUUCUCAGCCUCAACAACCUGUAAGAGGAGCAGGAGAAGCAUGUGAUCCCACUCGGUUCUUUCCCAGCCCUGAG